GGGCUGACGCGGGGAAAGAGGGGACCCGGCGGGGAGGGCUGCAGCGGUGUGCGUGAUGGGUCCUUGCCGCCAGCUUCGCUGAGACUCCCUCGCGUGGGCUGCUCUCGGCAGGUCCGCAGUGGCCGCGGCGGUAUGAAGGGCGUUCUGGGGAGUCCCGUGGCCGCGGCCGCCGCAGGCGCCGCGAUGCAGGAGAGUUUCGGGUGCGUUGUAGCUAACCGCUUCCACCAACUGCUGGACGACGAGUCGGAUCCGUUUGACAUCCUGCGCGAGGCCGAGCGCCGACGCCAGCAGCAGCUGCAGCGCAAGAGGCGAGACGAGGUGGCGGCGGCUGGGGCCGGGGCCGGCAACCGUGGCGGCAGGAGCCCGGCCGGGUCCUCGGGCCACAGACCUGGCGCGGGCGGCGCCCGGCGGGAGUCCCAGAAGGAACGCAAAGGCCUCCCGGCUCCCUGCGCGCAGCAGCCAGACAGCCCCGGUGGCGGCCCGCAAACACCUGGCCAGAAGCGAACUACUAGAAGAGGGGAGCAGCAGGGAUGGAGUGAUACCCGGGGGACAGAAGUGACGCUGGACAGAGCAGAGCGGAGAUCCUACAGGGACUAUCAACCCUGCGACACUGAGAGGCAGGCAGACUCUACACCUGAGAAGUUUACGGAUGAGAAACUGGUUGACCGAUUGGAUCGAGACAGACCACUGAGAGGACGUGGAGGCCCAAGAGGGGGCCUGCGGAGCAGAGGCAGAGGUGGUCCCGGGAACAGAGCUUUUGACCGUUUUGACCAGAGAGGGAAACGGGAAUUUGAGAGAUAUGGUGGGAGUGAUAAAAUAGCAAUCAGAACUGAAGACAACAUGGGUGGAUGUGGAGUUCGCACCUGGGGAUCAGGUAAAGAUACCAGUGAUACGGAGCCGUCUGCACCUGUGGAGGAGCCCUCGCUGGUGGAGGAGCCCCCUGACCCCCUGGAAGAGGGGUCUCCAGCCAAAGUUCCUGAAUUGGAGGUAGAAGAAGAAACUCAAGUUCAAGAGAUGACCCUAGAUGAGUGGAAAACUCUUCAAGAACAGACCAGACCGAAGCCUGAAUUUAACAUCCGGAAACCUGAAUCCUCUGUCCCUUCCAAAGCAGUGGUGAUACACAAGUCUAAAUAUAGAGAUGAUAUGGCGAAGAAUGACUGUGAGGAUGAUACCCACGUUUUCCGGAAAGCGGCCAAUGAUAUCACAUCCCAGCUGGAGAUUAAUUUUGGUAACCUCCCUCGUCCCGGGCGUGGAACCAGAGGCGGCACGCGGGGAGGCCGGGGAAGGAUCAGGAGGGCAGAGAACUACGGACCCAGAGCAGAAGCGGCGACGCAAGAAGUUGCUCCAAAUCCUGAUGACCCUGAAGACUUUCCUGCUCUGGCUUGAGAGCUCUGUUUCCCUGGCAACUCAGAACCGCACUGGCACACCUGCGAAGAGACUUUUCUUGCUCCCGGGAAGAUAGUCAGACUCUAAGACAAUAGAUGUUGCUUUUCCCCCUUUAGUGUGAAUUCCUUGCACUUUUCGGCCUGGGACUGGGGGAGAUAGGGAUUUUUUCAGAUACUCAGUGCUGCAGCUUCAGUCAGGGGUUAUUCUGGCACAUUCCCAAGAAGGUGGAGAAUGGGGAUUAUUUUUUCAUUUAAGGACUUCCAAAUGAAGUUUAAAAAUGAUGUUUAAACUGUGUACAUAGAGAUUGUAAAAUAGAAUCUAUUGAGUCUACUCAGUAAGUUGUAUAGAUAUUGGAAGGCUGUGUCCUUUAGUAAUAGAGGAAAUACAUAUAACUUGAAUCAUUAAUUUAAAGCAGUCACAGCCUAGUUUGCAGAGACCAAGAAGUUAAAAUACAAUUGUAUUUACCAUUUACUUGUAAAUGUUACACUCUCCCAGGGUUUUCUGAGUUCUGGUUUUCAUUUAACCAACAAUUCUAAACAGCUAUCGUGCAGCCACCAGUCACCACUCUGACAGAGAAUUAGGGAAAGUUCUGAUCUUUUUUAAUAGUGAUUUAAACUACCUCGUGGUUUCUGUGUGUGUGUACACACACAACACAUGUCUGAUAUAAGUGUGCAUAUUUAGUGUUUUGGGUGGAUUUUAGACGAGUAUUAAGUAUAUGAUUUAAAAAAUCAUGUUAUUUAACCCACCAAAUGAAAAGCGUUCCAGGUGAAAGAGCAUUGCAACUUAAUUCCAUACUCUUUUCUCCUUUGAAAUUGGGGUCAGAAUUCAGCACCUCUGUACAGAAGCGCUCCAUCCUUGUCCCGGGCAAGACUUGUAAAUGGCUGUUGGGUUUAUUGAACACCUACAUAGUUUUUCUCAGUCAGUCCAUGCACCAGUUCAGGUUCCUGUUUCUUUCCUUUGGUGAAUGUUUGGGGCUAGGGGCAACCUCAGAGAUCCAGCAACUCCCCAAGUCCCUGUGAGGUUUAGUGCCCUGCAUUGGGGCUGGGGCGGAGGCGGCUGUAAUGGCCGCUGGAAGCUGGGGUGAUGCUCUCUGGAGAACCAUGGGUAACAUUUGCCUGUUUUUGCAGUUAAUAUGCUUGUAUUAGAAUUUGAGCCUUGGUUCCAGAAUCAGGGCUUUUGCCUCCUCUGCUAUACCGUCAAAGAUGGCUCUAAGUUGAA